GCCGACCUCUGCGUGCAGCGAUCGUCUUUCUGUCGGUUUUCUUUUGGUGCGAGCUGUGAACGAAAAAGCAGUACUACUUAUGCCACUAAGCCGGGCAUGCUAACCAGUUACCUACCGAGAUACGACAUUUCGAAAUCAAUCACUGUUCAAAAGGUCCAAAAGAGAUACAGAUCACUCAGACCAUCAAGCCACCUUGGACCUAAGAGGUGAAUCCCACACAGCCACGGAACAGACUUUGAUAUAAUACCACUGAAACAGCACGAGAUUAUGGAUUCCAAACCUGCAGGGGGCCCAACGCACACUUUGAAGUUUACCGGAGAAACCGUGGACAGUAUUCCAGAGAAAGGCCACCACGAUCGGCACACACGCACAAUCCUGUCAACACUCAGGUACACCGUGUUCAACACCUACCGCCGCCUCUUUACCACUGUUCUGAUCAGCAACAUCACGGCGCUUGUCGUGAUUAUUGUUAGGAAACGAUAUGUGCCGGACAUCAUCAACGCCUGCGCUGCCAAUCUGCUGGCGUGCGGACUUGCCCGUCAGCCUCUUGUGGUGAACGCCCUCUACUUCAUCUUUGGUCUCGUGCCGCGCUCGGCGCCGCUGAGACUUCGCCAUCUCGCUUGCAAGAUAUUUCAUAUCGGCGGGGUGCAUAGCGGCUGCGGCGUUGCCUCCCUGCUCUGGUAUAUGGGGUUUGUUGCGUUGUAUUCCUACAACUACCACACCGAGCGUUCAUCCAGCAAGUCGUCGGGUGCUUUGUCAACAGCUGUCCUUGUGAUCUCGUGGGUUAUAUUCUGGGUCUUUGUUUUCAUCAUUGCCGUCACGUACCCAGCUUUUCGCACUCGUCACCAUAAUGUAUUCGAGCUCACGCACCGCUUUGGCGGAUGGGCCAUACUUGCUCUUUUCUGGGCUCUGCUCCUUAUGUAUGGAUCAUCUGCACAAGCAGAUCUCGGCCAUUUUGUUGCAAAUUUGCCAGCUUUUUGGUGUCUCCUCGUCGCAACGAUCGCUACUAUCCAUCCCUGGGCCAUGCUGCGGCAGGUUCCUGUCGUCACGGAGCCGCUUUCUUCUCAUGCAACCCGACUCCACUUAAGCCACACGUCUGUGGUAUUCGGGAAGGGUAUUACAUUGUCACGCCAUCCCUUGCGAGACUGGCACAGCUUUGCUACUAUUACCGAUCGUUUCGACAGCCGCGACACCAAGUUUUCCUGCGUGAUCUCUCGAGCAGGCGAUUGGACAACAAAUGUGAUCGAAAACCCGCCUACGAAAAUAUGGGUGCGCGGAAUUCCCAUUACUGGAUUUGCUUACGCUAUGCGUGUUUUCUCCCGCAUCAUUCUGGUCACGACCGGCAGCGGGAUCGGCCCAUGCCUGUCCUUCAUAGAGGAUGAACAACGGCCAGCCAUGCGGGUUGCCUGGCAGACUCGAGCUCCACUAGCGACGUAUGGACAGCGCACAUUAAACCUAGUGGAGCGACUUGAUCCCAACCCAAUGAUCAUAGAAACCAAGAAAAAGUCGGGAAGAAUUGAUAUGCUGCCCCUGGUGGAAAGUCUGUAUGAGGAAUUUGCAGCCGAAGCUGUCUAUCAAAGCAUACCUACCCUAGGUAGAAAACAAGAUCAGCCAUCAUUGGCCGCUCUAUGCAAUAGCCACUUUUUGCCCAGAAUGUGGGUCAUCAAAGAGACCAUCUACAGACGAGUAUUGUAG